AUGACAAGAGACUUCAAUUUCAAACUAAUAUAAAUCUAAUUGUUGUAUGUUGAGACCCUAACCAUAACCCAUGUAGCCAUUGCCAAUUUGCUGCAACAAGGUACACUAAUUUUUUCUACCACCGCGUCAAUGGUCGCGUCAAACAACCUACCUCUUAAGCAUCCAUCUCCUUCAGCUCUUUGAAUACACAACACAACCUUGCGCCACGCUCCUCCAACAUCUUCGCCCUGUCGCAUCAGGUACCUUUACUAUUGUCAACCUCUGCGAUCACAACUAUCCUCAAAUUUCGUUAUUUCACCCGUUAUUUGGCGCCAUUGCAUCCACCGCCUUGCUUGCUCGAUUGCCGCUCUCUCCCAGCCACAUUGAGAAAUCAAAACAAUGAAUUCUCAUGCAACGCCACGUACUGCCUUUCAAGGGCGCUCGUUAGGCGGCUCGGGACUUCCUCCGCAGUCGAGGCAGCCAGUUGCUCCUCAAGUGUCCUCAAAUGAGGACUAUAGUACGAUUCCGGAGGAGGACCGCGAACAUAUUGAUGAAGUUUUUGAUUUGAUGGACAUGAAGAAGAAGGGAUGGCUCAACAGUUACGAAUUCAGACACUCGCUAGCAGCGCUAGGCUUUGAUAUGUCCAAGCCUGAUUACUUCAGAGAACUACAGUCAUACGGCUCUGUCCCUCCCGAAUGGCAAGAUCCUCACAACUGUCCUGUCAACCGCCUCUAUGUUUACCUCGACCAAUUCCGAUUAUGCGCUGCCAAGUUACUCGCCAACCGCGACCCCAGACAAGAAGCAACAAAAGUGUUCAACAUGUUUGAUUACGACGGAGAUGGUGUUAUUUCCUUUGAGGACAUGCGACGGCUAGCUUCCGAUAUCAAGGAAGAGAGGACCAUGACAGACGAGGAAAUUCAGAGCAUGAUUGAGCAUCUGGAUCACGAGGGCAAAGGCGGUGUAAACUUGGAAGAAUUCAUACAGAUGAUGGAGGAGGCUGGUUAAGUCCAACCACAGGAGUUCAAAGAAUGGCACAAUACCAGCCGUGCCAGAACAUGACAGUGAAAAAGUUCGGUGCAAGUGGCAUCGCUUGGGGUUCGCAUAUUAUCCACCAUGUCGCGCUUCGAGGUCGAUAUGUGGGCUUGCAACAUUGAAUCUCUAUCUUGAGCCGAUAAGGUGCUUGUUGCAACAGAUCGAGGCACAUGGCUGUCUCAGAAUCGUCCUCGCGAGCACAGAGUUGUCCCGAAUACGCGAGGCUUGGCCAGCCGAGUCAAGCCACAGUCAGACAAAGAAUGAUUCAGACAGCGACCUUUCAAGCGAUUUGGGUACAUUUGUUAGCUGCUGGGCGCAUUAAGUAUUAAAAGAGAAAAGGGGAAUGGCGUAAUAUGGCUACAACGGAUUCAAUGGGUAGAUUUCAAUAACAUCUAAGAAUUGUUUUUUUUUCGAAUGCGCCAGGCGCGCUGUCUAAAAUCCCAGAAUCCAUCACAAAAGCUUUCCCAUUCUCCCAUCACAACUAAGCCACCCAAAUAUCAGACUCAACAAUGGUCCAAUACCAUAAAAAUGUACCGAGAACAGGGGAAUACCAUCCUUCGCCUGCGCAAAAAACGGGAAUCGGGUUCAGGCCGGGAUAUGAAGAUGAACAUACAACAAAGAAAAGUCAAGGGUAAUCAAUCAAACCAUCACACAACUAGCUGGUCACUGAUAUAAGAGCGUAAAUUUCGAUUUAGGAACUCAACUUAGAACUGGAUCAAGUCGUGGUUCUGCUGUUGUUGCUGUGGUGCCUGCUGAUGGGCGAAGGGGUUGUUCGUCUGUCCAUUCAUGCCAGCAGGCCCAGUCGCAGCAGGCAUCUGAGCGCCAUAGUUGACUGUGGGCAUACCCGUGAACUGCUGUCGAAGGAAGGGGUUGUUGCCAGUAGCCUCGGCGUUGAUGCGGGCAACUCCUGCACCGGCACUGUUGACGAACGUGCCAGGGGCUGUGUGCUGGGCGGGAAUACGAAGGUUGCCUGUGUUGCCAAAGGUGUCCAUGCCGUCACCGCUCGCAAGCAGAGUGUUGAGUCGUGUCUCGUGCUCGUUCAUCUCCUUUUGAGGAGCGGCGAAUGAAGGUUGCGACUGAGGGAAACUAUUUUGCGAUUGCAGUGGGAAGCUGUUCUGCUGCUGGAGCUGGGGCUGAGUCUGAGGCUGGCUGCCAAAUGAGUUGAGGCUCUUCUGUUCAGGAAGCGCUCCUAGGGACGAAAUAGGGUUUGGUCGGGCGGACUGGGGGCGGCUGAACUGGGCGAAGGGGUUGUUGGAACCGGUGGGAGUUGGUUGCAAUUGCUGCUGACUAUUGUUGGUUGCCCAGGGGUUGUUGCUACCAGGCUGGAGAGUAGGUUCAGGAGAAGCAGGUGAUGAGAACGACUGCUGCUGGGGCUGCUGCUGUUGUUGUUGCAGGUAAGGAUUGAAGCCUGUGGGCUGGGGUUGGAAACCUUGCUGGUUUUGCUGUUGUUGCUGACCAUAGGGAUCGAAGCCCACGCCUGUCUGCUGGCCGUUGAAACCGGUGUUGUAGUUUGGCUGGAAUCCAGUGGGUUGGGUCUGCUGGAAUCCAGUAUAGGCGUUGUUCAUGUAGCCAGUAGGCUGAGGUUGGUUCUGCUCGAUAGGGUUGGCAAAGAAGUCAACGGGGUUCCCUUGCUGGUAUCCUUGGUUGAAGCCAGUGUACUGUGGCUGGCUGGUUUGCUGCUGAGGAGUAGGAUCGUCGUCGAAAAGAGAGGCAGCGUUGCUGUUCUCGAGUUCCCUGCGCCUUCGUUCUUCCUCUUCCUCACUAAGCUUGAUUGCUUUCGCCAAAUCGUCAUCGUCAUCUGGUCCGUUCUGUCGGCUUUCGCGCUUCUUCCUGUCUUCCUCCUCCUGAUACUUGCUUGCCUCCAGAGCUAGACGGUACUCGGCGUCUUCCUCUUCGUUCAUUUGUCGUCUCGGCUGCUGUCGCCGGGUUCCGUGGUUCACAGGCUCAGCAUGCUGAGGAGCAAAUUCCUCAAGGCCAGUAACGCGCGACUUCCAGGAUCUUCGGUCGCUUCGCUCGGCCCGCAGUCUCUCUUCG